AUGUCCUCUCUUUUAGCCCCUCUAACCUGGGCGGCUACUGUUGCUCUUCCUUUUAAGUAUUUGAAGAUGUCCGCCAAUUUACCAACUGUUGCUCUUCCAUUUAAGUAUUUGAAUAUAUAUGCAUUUGUCUGCAUCUAUAUGCAGAGAUGCACAGGGAGCAUUGAUGGGCGUGUAGAUUAUCCUGUCUCACCAGGAUGCGGACGAAAACAUACAAGAGAUAUUUAUGGGAGAAUGUUUUUUGAAGCAUUGACGGAGUAA